GGGAUUCUGCUGACUGUGAAUAAGACAUCGAUACUUUUUUUUUUUAAACUCUUAAAUCUCAAUCACUGUUGAAGUCGGAGGAGAAGAGUCUCUGAGAUCUCCGGAAAGAUGGAGGCCUGUAUGAUGAAGCCAGUGAUAAAAAAGAAGCCAAAACCGCCCAAACCUCCUCCAAAGCCCACUGAGGUAAAAAGAAAUGAGGCAGAGAAAGAUGUGAGGCCGGUUCCUUUGAUCCCUCCUCGCCCUUCAGACGCCGAGCUGUCCCAAACACAGUACAGGAUGAAAAAAACUGCAGCAUUAAACAUGAAGCUGAAUGGUGACAUCCAGCAACCACAACCUAAACUAAAACCAUCUGAAGGUCCUGUUGCGCCGCCGAGACGAGCAGAAAAGGAACCAAAAGCAGCACCCAGACACGGCGAGGUCAAAAAAACUUCCAAAGAAACUGACCAACCACAGGUUCCAGCAGUUGAAAUAGAUUUCAAGGCUGGUCUGACUGGAAUAUUUCGACGGAGCCAAAAAGAGAAACUGCCAACAUUUACUAGCUACAUGACUGACGACCUUGAUCCAGAGGAGAAAUCAGACGGUGGCCCAAUCAAACAGGUUCCCAGCAACAAACCGACCAGCAGAGAGCCCAGUCCUGAUCCCAGUUCACAGAAGGAACAACUGGGGAAGAAAAACAAGGAGCAACACAAUGCAGAACAUAAACAGGACAAAGGAGGCAUACUCUCUGGUAUGUUUCGAAAGACGCCCAAAGAGCGAUCCUCCUCUCCUGCUCUGAAGGACAGUAAAGCUGACAUGGAGUCAGAGGAUGUGGAGAAAGAAGCAGAAGAAGAAGAUGAAGAGAAAACCUCUGAACCAAACCGUGAAAAAGGUGGAUUCUUUUCUGGCAUCUUGAAGAAGUCUAGCAAAGCGGGCGAUGAGUCAUCCAUUCAGGAGAAUCUGAGUAAUAGCGGGGAGCUGUCUGCAAGCAGCGACAGUCUGUCUGACAACAAGGAAAAAGGAGGAAUUUUCAGCGGGAUAUUCAGGAAAUCCCCAAAGCCAGCUGAAACCGAUCAGGACCAACGGUCUCUAUCCGGGGAUCUUUCAGGCAGUAAUGACAAUCUGACUGAGACAAAGGACAAAGGGUUUUUCAACGAGAUCCUCCGCAAAUCACCAAAGAUAACUGGAGAAGGGAAACAAGAGCAGGAAAACGAAGUUCAGCAGUCUGACUUAUCAGCCAGCAGUGAGAAUCUGUCUGAAAACGUCAAAGAAAAGGGAAAUGUGUUAAGUGGGAUGUUUAGAAGAUCUCCAAAACCAUCUGAAGGGUCGCAGUUGGAAGAAGGCGAAGAACCUUUGAAUGGCGAGCUCUCUGCCAGCAACGACAGCCUGUCAGAGAACAAGGAGAAAGGCGGCUUUUUUGGACUCCUAAGAAAGACCCCAAAGUCCACUACAAAGGAGAAUCUGACGGCACACAAAGAAGUUUCAGGGAGCAGCGACAGUCUGUCUGAGGCUGCUAGCAGAAAGGAGAAAAAGACACAAGAUGGUGACCUAUCAAGCAGCGAAGAUCCAAAUGAAAACCCCAGUAAGGAAAAAGGGAGAAUAUUUGGAGGAAUGUUUAAGAAGACGCCUAAAGCGGCUGGAGCUGCUCAGCCUGAGGAGGAUGUAGGCUCUGAUCCUGAUGUCUCUGCCAGCAAUGAGAAUUUAUGUGACAACAAACCGGAGAAAGGAGGUUUGUUUAGUGGAUUCCUCAAAAAGACGCCCAAAGGAGAGAAGACUGAGACCCCAGACAGAGAGGCUCAGACAGAGCUGUCAGCCAGCAGGGAAGACCUGGCUGAGAAUAACAAGGAAAAAGGAGGAAUAUUCAGCGGAAUAUUCAGGAAAACCCCUAAAUUUGAAGAAUCUGCUCAGUCUGAGGAGGAUGUAGGCUCUGAUCCUGAUGUCUCUGCCAGCAAUGAGAAUUUAUGUGACAACAAACCGGAGAAAGGAGGUUUGUUUAGUGGAUUCCUCAAAAAGACGCCCAAAGGAGAGAAGACUGAGACCCCAGACAGAGAGGCUCAGACAGAGCUGUCAGCCAGCAGGGAAGACCUGGCUGAGAAUAACAAGGAGAAAAAUAUUUUCAGCAACAUGUUUAAGAAAACCCCCAAACCAGCAUCAGAGGAGGCUAAAGGAGACACGGAAGCCGACACUGAAAGACCGUUAUCUGCCAGCAGUGAGAACCUGACCGAAACCACCAGCUCAAAGGAAAAAAAAGGAGGCCUGGCUGGAAUAUUUAAAAGAUCUUCGAGCUUUGACAACCUGUUGGAUGAGGAUAAAAACAUCUUCAGUGGUAUGUUUAAGAAAACUCCAAAGUCUGCAGAUGAGGGGUCACAUGCCACUGGCGACGACAUGACAUUAUCUGGCAGCUCUGAAGAUCUGCUGCAGGCAAACGCAACAAAGGAGAAAACUGGAGGAUUUGCAGGGAUCUUUAAGAAGUCGCCCAAACCUUCUCCACGCUCUGCUGUGACUCAGGAUCCCCUGAGUGACUCUAAGGAGCUGUCAGCGAGCUGGGACAGCCUCACAGAGGCAGGGAAGGAGGACGCCUCCUCUCUGAAUGAUCUGUCAGCCAGUACAGAUAAUCUUUCUGAAACCUCCACUAAGGAGAAAAGAGGCGGGUUUUCUGGGAUGUUCAGACGGACGCCCAAAAAUCUGGAGCAGCAGGAUGGCGAAGACACUGCGCCACCUACAGGACGUGGGCUGAGUCGCAAAAGAACCAUAAAGAAGAAAAGAAGGGUUGUGUCUUUCCGAAUCAAGAAAACUCUUCCCAAAAUGUCCAAAGAGAACUCCAGUAAGAUGCCUUUGAUUGAGGAGAGCGUUGAGUUGGAGGAGCUGAACACCUCGCAGGAGAGCACGGUGUUGAUGGAGCCUGUGGAGAUGGCCGCUUAUCCAGCUGAAGAAACUCAAGCCCAGGAGGAGCAGGAGAACAACGAGUUGAUGGAGUGGUGGAACUCAGUGAAAGGUUGGACUGAGUGGAACGAGACAUCAAACUUCCAGGAGGAGGAUGAGCAAAUGGCGAUGGAGCAGGCAGCGGACCGAGUCUACAUGGCAGCUCGGGUCUUCGUAUAUCUGUUCAACCAGCGGGGGGCGUCCUUGCAGCAGCGCAUCCUGGAACUACUCGCCGUGGCCGACGCCGCAGACGAGUUCCACAAGAAGACGGUGUCGGCAGCUGUGGGUGGAGGCGUGGCCAGCGUGGCGGGCAGCGUGGCCACCAUUACUGGGCUCAUUCUGGCGCCGUUCACGUUCGGGGCCUCCAUCAUCGUCACAGCCGUGGGGAUCGGCGUGGCGACGGCCGGAAGCAUCACGUCGGCCACCGCCAACAUCACCGACACGGUGCAUUCCAACAUGGACCGUAAGAAGGUGGAGAAGAUGAUCCAGGGCUACCAGGAGGAGAUACAGGACAUCAGGAAGUGCAUGGAGUUUGUUCAGGAAGGGAUGAACACCCUGGAGGAGUGGGAUUUUGAGAAAUACUCUGAAAGCGCCGCCAAAAAGGCCCUGAACCACAACAUUAAGCACGUGAUGAAAGAGGGAGGCCGAGCCGGAAAAGCCCUGAUGAUCAACACCGAUAAGCUCAUCAGCACUGUGCAGGUUCUAGGCGCCGCCGGCGGCGCCGCUAAAGCCGCCCAGGCCAUCAGCGUCACCACGGGGGUCAUGUCCGCCCUCUUCCUGGCUCUGGACGUUUUCUUCCUCGCCAAAGACUCCCACGAGCUCCGCAAGGGCGCCAAAACAAAGUUCGCUGGUAAGAUCAGGCAGGUGUGCAAGGACCUUCAGGAUGGCCUGCUGGAGCUGAACAAGGUGAAGACGCAGCUGCAGAAGACCAUGGACGGCAUCGAAGUGGAGGAGUACGAGGAGAUCGAGGAGGUGGAGGUAGAGGUGGAGGACGAGUUGGAGUCCGACCCGAAGAAGCUGGCAGAGCUGGAGCAGGAGAUCGACUUCCUGGAGGAGAAGCUGAACAAGAAGGAGGACAAGAAGGAGGAGGUGGAGCCGAAGAAGAGCAAAGAGACGGCGUUGGACAUCUUUAAAAUAAAGAAGGAGAAAAAGGAGGAGAAGAACAUGAAGGAAACAGGAGAAAUGGAGGAAAAGGAAAAAGAUGAGAAAAUGUCAGAGUCCAAAUCAGAGAAGAAAAAGGGUAAUGAGUCCGGUUUGAAAACGGUGAAAGAAGCUAUAAAAGAACAAUUUGAGAAAGGAAGCAAGAAAGAGAAAGAGGCAGAGAAUCAGACUACAGCUGGGAAAGAAAAAAAAGCAGAGAAAAAGUCUAAAGAAACAAAUGAGAUGCCGGAAAACAAGAAACGGCCUGAAAAGGAGAAAGAAGCAAAGAUCAAAGCAAGUCAUUCAGAAAAAGAGAAAACUUCCCAAACUCCGCAUGCAGAGCGGGAGACAUCCCAGAAGAAAACUGAGAGGAGAAGGAAUAGCGAGGAGGAGGAAGAGAGGAAGUCUGAGUCUGGAAGGAGGCACAGCAACAGGAGCGAGAAAGGAGAAAGGAAGGAGGAGACAGGAAGUCACCACGGAGACAGGGAGAGCUGGAGGAGGAGAGGGGAGGAGGAGAGAGGAGUGAAAGACUGGAGAGCAGAGAUGGAAAAGAGCAGGAGAGGAGAGGAGAAAUAUGAGGGGGAACGAGGGGAUCAUUCCCAGAGGAAAGGCUCCCAUCGGAGCCACAAGGGGGAGUCAGUGGGGGAGGACAAGAAGAGCCACUACAGAGGAGAAAACGACGAGCGCAGGGAGAGAGGAGAGGAGAAAAGCAGCAGCCGGGUGGAGAGCGCCAGGAAAAUGUUUGAGAGCGCAGCAGGAGAGCAGCAAGAAGAGAGAGGGAGUCAGAGGAGGAGGGCAGGUGGAAGGGAGCAGGGCCAGAGCCGGAGAGGAUCCCGCUCCAAAUACGAUGCUCUAAAGCACGACGGGCUGAAUAUCUGAGACUGAGCAGUUAAUCUUCAGAGUUCUCCUCAGAUAUGAUCAAACAUCCCGCUUCACUCUGUUAAAUCCUGCAAACAGUGUCGUCUGGAGGGGAAGAGCAAAAACAAUCUACCUUUGGGACCAAAUAUGUUUUAAAAUCAGCUCAAAGACCAAGAAAAGGUUCUAAAGACGUCCUUCGUCCAAAGUGUAAACUCUAAAGCUCCAAACUGCCCAACAGAAACUACCGUUAAUACUGUGCUGACCGAGUAUAAUGAAUACAACUUAUAAUAAUUAAGAUCAUUUUCUAUGGAAGUUUUUGCCAAAAACUAAAGACUUUCUCCAUGUUUUCUCUCUUUAGACACAAAAGUGGCAAAUAGACCUUUAUAAACAAUGAAGUAACUGGACUUUAUAUUUUAACUACUAUUCAUAUCCAAACUUUUUUAUACAUAAUUCAUAAUAUAGAGAGAUAGUAAUUUAAUUGUUCUGUUACAGAAUCUGCUUCAAAUCUAAAAAUAAUAAUUUCUUUAAUUAUUCCAUGUUUAGAACUUUUUACAUUUGUGGGGAAAAUAUGGUGUCUGAUACUGUUUGACUUCGGUGCUGCUAUAGGGGUAAAGCUGGCAGAAAUAUUUAAGUGCCUUUUUGUUUGAAAAAUAAUGCUUAGAAGUUUGUUUUUUUUUUUGUUAUGUAUAUAUUUAUAAUUUCACUGUCGGCUGUUUUAUUUCCAGGUACUACAAAAAGCUCCCAUGUGGAUAAAACUAUGUUACAAAUUUUCUUCACUCAGUGCACUUUAACAAGGCAUCAUUUCCUCCAUGCAUGCAUCAUGGCCAAUCUCUUCUUUUUUAUGUUGAUUGUGUAUUUAAUGUUUUGGUUUUCUAUGACGCUGGUUUCUUAUUGAACAAAUAAAAUAUAAAAAAAA